AUGGGCAAGGUGCUGUCCAAGAUCUUCGGCAACAAGGAGAUGCGGAUCCUGAUGCUGGGUCUGGACGCGGCUGGUAAAACUACCAUCCUGUACAAACUGAAGCUGGGCCAGUCCGUCACCACCAUUCCUACCGUGGGCUUCAAUGUGGAGACGGUUACGUACAAAAACGUCAAGUUCAACGUGUGGGAUGUGGGGGGCCAGGACAAGAUCCGUCCCCUCUGGAGGCAUUACUACACGGGCACGCAAGGCUUGAUCUUUGUGGUGGACUGCGCCGAUCGAGACCGCAUCGACGAGGCCCGCCAGGAGCUCCACCGCAUUAUCAACGACAGGGAGAUGCGGGACGCCAUCAUCCUCAUCUUCGCCAACAAGCAGGACCUGCCCGAUGCCAUGAAACCCCAUGAAAUCCAGGAGAAACUGGGCCUGACCCGAAUCAGGGAUAGGAAUUGGUACGUGCAGCCCUCCUGUGCUACUACAGGGGAUGGACUCUAUGAAGGGCUGACAUGGUUAACGUCCAAUUAUAAAUCCUAAUGAGAGAAUUUAACUAUUUAGUCUACAAAGAAUUAAAGAAAACAAAACAACAAAUAACCCACAUGGCUUUCCGGAAGAAUGAUUCUCUACUGAAAAGUAAAAGCAUCCAUAGGAUUAUGAUCACCUUUCUCCAGUUACCACCCUUUCCUUCUGCACACUUGACUGGAUUCCUGUUUUAACUCUUUGCUUGGCGUUAGGAUGCUCUAACCUCCGAAUGUGACACACGAACACAAGCACUAGAUGCUAUGGCAGACUUCCAGCAAACAGGGGAAAGACACAUUGUAGACUUGCUAAGUAACUUUUUUUUUUAAUUAUUUUUCUUCUUGAUAGCCCUUAAGAAAGUUUGAUUAUUUUGGGGUAUGGCUGGGGAGGGGUUGUUUUC